AUGUUUCGCAAGCUCGCGGUGCUGUUUCUGGAGAUGGUGGAGGCGGAGCUGCGCGCGUCGCACCUUCAGCCCUCACAGCCCGACGGGGCGGCGCUGAGCUGCGUCGCGUGCGCACCGGUCGAGGCGGCGUGGCUGUGCGCGCCGAUUGCACAGAUCCCCGAGGGGUUUCGCCAAAAGUGCGACGUGUGCGAGACGUCGAUCCUCGACCGCCACUGGGCUUGCACCGUCGCCGGGUGUGAGUGGGAGGAGCGCAUUUCCCUCGUCUUUCCGCCGACGACCAACGCGCGCGGCGAGGUGUGGCACGAGUUUGUGGCCGUCAUCCCUCGCGAGGGCAAGUAUUGCGGCCAGCCGUGCGCCGUCUGCAACGCCGAUGGGGAGGGGGAGGAGGACGAGGCGCCGCCGGCCGUCUUUGAGGAGGGCGAGCUCGGCUGCUUUUGCGACACCGACCGCCACCUGCCGACCAACGACGUUCCGUUUGAGGGCGUGUGGAUUAGCUGCGACGUGUGCGGCCGCUGGUGCCACGGCGAGUGCGCCGGGAUGGACAAGCAGCAAGCCGAGGAGACGGAGGAGUACACGCUGGCGAGGCCGCGGCCCUCGGCGCAGGCGGCGCCAUCGAGCCCGCUGCGCAAGAAGGCGGGGCUGCGGCAGUGCCGCAACGGCCCCGCAUGCAAGGAGGCGCGCGCGCGCGAGCGCAGCGGCCAGCCGUACCACGAACCGCCGCGCGUCCGCUCGCGCCCGUCGGAGCGGGCGGCGGCGUCGGAGCCGAGCGCGAUGGAGGCGCGGGUGCACCGUCCGGGCGAGCUGCACGGCCUGAGCGGGCUCUGCGUCGCCGCGAAGUGCGGCUACUACCAGCUGCAGUUCGCAAACGGCCGGCAGGCGCACUUUCGAGGCCGCGAGCUGCCGCAGCGCGAGGCUGCGUGUGCCGCUGGCGCGGCGGCCGCCGUCAAGGAGGAGGUGCGCGGCGAGCACACGCGCAAGCGGAAGCCGACCCAGCUGUACGACGGCGGCGGCGGGCAGGGCGUCGCGUACGUCCCUCCCGAGCCGUCGGGCGGAGGGAACGUCUCCCGCUCGCGCAUCGCGUACGGCUCGGACGGCCUGCAGCUGGGCGGGCACACGAACCUGCACUGCGACGUCUCGGACGCGGUCAACGUGAUGGUGGACGUGUACGAGGGCGACGACGGCGACGACUCCGAGGAUGAGACCGACGAGGCGAGAGCGGCGCCGAGAGCUGGGGAAGAGAGCCUCAUGAGCGCCAUCUGGGACAUCUACCGCUGGCAGGACACCGAGGCGAUCCUGCAGCUGCUGCACGCGGUGGCGCGCGAGCGCGACGUCGAGAUCACGAGCAACCCGAUCCACGACCAGCUCUUCUACCUCGACGACACGCUGCGCAAGCGGCUGCGAGACCAGUACAAGGUGCGCGGCUGGCGCUUCGUGCAGCGACGCGGAGACGCCGUCUUCAUCCCGGCGGGCUGCCCGCACCAAGUGCGCAACCUCUCGUCGUGCGUCAAGGUGGCGCUCGACUUUGUGUCGCCCGAGAAUGCGCACCGGUGCGUCCACCUGACGGACGAGUUUGCAAAGCUGCCGCGCGGCCACCACCUCUCCGAGGACAAGCUGCAGUUUCUGCUCUAA